AUGAAAUUCGGCCACAAUUACGUGAGCACCCUCGAGAAUGAGGGCUUCCCUUCGCAGUGGGUGAGGUCGGCUAUCUCGUACCGCCAGCUGAAGAAGUGCAUCAAGCGGGUGCAGAGUGAGCUGCUAUCACUAGGCCUCAGUCCUGAUGUGCUCAACCGCUUCUGGCUCGCAGAGGACGCACGCCUGACUGAUGGCGAGGGAGAUGGUGGGCUGGCCCGUGUGGGAUUUGCAUAUUCGCUCAGGGAAUGUAAAUCUUCCUCGUCUCUGCGCCCCGUUCUGACGUUCGCCAUGGGCCCGGACGAUAAGCCGCCCCGCGAACUGCUUAGAUAUCCAGCCAUCGCGCACACGGACAGCAGCAGUAUCAGGUCCAACAGCACGAGUAGCAGCACGAGCAGCAGCGGCGGAAACAAUCCCUGCCCAGGUGAAUCCGACAGCUCCUGCACCACGAAAACUGACGCGGACGGGCCCUAUCAGUCAAUCGAGAUCCCCCUCUCCUCCGACUCAGAGUUCUUCCGCCUGCUCAAAGCUGGCCUCUCCAACCUCGAAGAUCUGCAGGCGCACGAAAAAAAGGACCUUGACAAUCAGGUCGCCCUGCUGCGCCAAAGUAUCGUCGAGGUCACAAGCCCGACGACGACCACUAAGAAGACUGACCAGGCCGCCAUCUACGCCUGGCGCGAGGUCUUUCGCAUCUACAUGGAGAUGCAGGUCUUCUUCUCUACAGGGGAAGCAGACUGCGGCGAGCGGUCGUCAGAGGUUGCCCGCCAGCGUCUCGAAGCCUUCCAGACGCAACUGGUCAAGGAGCAGCACGCCAAGAAGCUUGGACGCAGCGGCCGGCGCGCCCUUGAGAUGUUUAUGCAUAUCAACCUCACGGUGCUGCAGAAUCUCAAGUUCCAGGAGAUCAACGGCAUGGCGCUCAGCAAGAUCCUGAAGAAGUUUGACAAGCAAACAGCGCUCCACGCCCGAUCCGCAUUUACCAGGACGGGGCCCCUUUCUGUCAACAGCCUAUCAAGGACCGUCUGUCAGGCAAUCUCCGAGCAGAUAUUAGUAGUUGUGCCUCAGCUGGACGACUACCUAUGUCCAGUCUGUUUCACCAUCUCUUUCAAGCCGGUCAGGCUGAAAUGCGCGCACGUCUUCUGCAUCCGCUGUCUGGUUGUCAUGCAACGCGCGCAACAGAAUCACUGUCCCAUGUGCCGAGCCGAGGUCGUCAUGGAGGCAACGAGCAAAAACCUCGAUCAAAAGCUGUUGACCUUCUUGCAGUCAUCCUUCCCCAAGGAAACCAAGGCCAAGCAGAGGGAGAACGAGCGAGCCGCGAUGGUAGACAUCUACGGCGAGCCUACCGAGGUAUGCAACAUGAUGUAA